CUUUUAGUGUCCUAUUGCAUCGCGCUGUCGUGACUCGUGACUCGUGAAUUCGGGAUGACUUUGAAGCAUAAGUGAUGGUGGCAGAGUCGCAAAUUCAACAUUUACAAGGGAAAAUAAUUUUGCCCAUUUAUCUCGGUUGCAGUGAUUGAGUAAAAUUCAUAGUUUUCUUAUCAAAUCAACUGUAUUCAAGAAUGUCAUCGAACUUCCAAGACGAUAUCAAUAGCAUCCCCCUUGCUGAUGAUGAUCCAUCAGCUGUUCUGCCUGAUGAAGGGAGCACACCACGGGACGCUCGGGGCAGCUCAAGACAGUCGCUGGAAUCCAUCCCUUCUGCUUUCUCCAAUGGAUCAGUAGGGGAUGGUGGAGACCUCACCCCUGAUGAGCACGAGGAGAAGGCACGACUCAUCGCUCAGGUGCUGGAGCUGCAGAAUACUCUGGAUGACCUCAGCCAGCGCGUGGACAGUGUCAAGGAAGAGAACCUGAAGCUCAAGUCUGAGAACCAGGUUCUGGGGCAAUAUAUUGAGAACCUCAUGUCUGCCUCUUCUGUCUUCCAGUCCACUUCGCCUAAACCAAAGAAAAAGGGCUCGUAGUAUGGCGGGCACGAGCGUCCUCGUGUGAGAUCUCGUCUUGUCUCUUGAGACCGACGCUAUGUGCAGCAGUGCUCUGGUGUAGUAACAUUACUUGUACUCUGCAUACCAGCGCUCUGUACAUCAGCGCUCUAGUGUAGGAACAUUACUUGUACUCUGCAUACCAGCGCUCUGUACAUCAGCGCUCUAGUGUAGGAACAUUACUUGUACUCUGCACACCAGUGCUCUGGUGUAGGAACAUUACUUGUACUCUGUACACCAGUGCUCUGGUGUAGGAACAUUACUUGUACUCUGUACACCAGUGCACUGGUGUAGGAACAUUACUUGUACUCUGUACAUCAGUGCUCUGGUGUAGGAACAUCAAAGUAUCCAAUGCAGUGUAGUGUAUUAAACUUAUAAUAUUACUUAGCAUGCGAACCAUAACAUCAUGAAGCUGCAUAUUUAUCCUCAGAAUCAAUCUGUAAGCAGAUACACGUGCACUAUACUAGGCGCUUGUAGUUUGCUAUUUAUUUGCCGCUUUACUACUUGUGUGGGCUCUGGUCAGACAUUGAGGUCUUGACUAAAGAGUUAUGCAAGCGGCAGGAUGUGCAUACAUUUUACUCUAUUACUGAGAACGUUUCUCACAUUGCAGUUAAACUGUCAUCGAUCUUCUAUGUCAUCGAACGGAUUCAUCACAUGCUUAUAAUUAUUUUGCCUAUUGUAUCAGAAUUAUUUUUAUUUCUGUUCUGUGUUUAACGUGAUUUUCCGCUGUAAUAUCCUAGUGUAAUUGCGAUGAAUUCCGCCACGCCAGUCGUACCGACGAUCGUGGGAGUGCUCCGUUGUGAGCUAUUUGCAUUCUUAUCAUUGUACUUAAUUAAGGAUUCAAUAUAUCGUCAUCUUUUUCAAGCUUAAGGCGAAUCUUAAGUCUGUACGUAUAGAUGGAAUCCUCGAUGAAGAAAGUCACUUAGCUUGGCACUUGUGGUUUGCAGGCUGGUCGUUUGCUUGACAUUUUAUGGUAAAUAUUGUCUUAUAAUCACGUUCUAUAUAAAAAAUAGGUUUAACAAUAUUAGAUUUAGCGCAAAGUUUGUUUUAUUAUUGAAGUUUUAGGGCUUAUUUUCUGACUAAAUUAAAUCGGGACUACUUACAUCCCUUAGAUUGUUUAGUCUGUACGUCGCUUUACUGAGCACAGGCAAGAUGUCUCAUAGUGUAGCACAUAUAAAUUUUUUGUGUGCCUCUACAUUGGACUUCUGUUGCCCUGCAACUUUAAUGUUUGCUGUGUAUGGCGGAAUAUCCUCCGCCAUUACAUCCUCUCACGAGUCCGAAAUUUUCCUGGGUUCACGCGUCGAAGAUCUGGUAUGGGGAUGUAUACUUUGUGAUAACUUGUUUUAAGGCACGAAUCUCGUCAUUAAUUUUAAGCUUUACAAAGGCUCUACAGUGAAAAUAUUCCCGGUACAGCUUGGCUAGUCUAUUAUAAAGCACAAAUUGUAUUGAUAUGACAGACAGUUGCAUCCACAUGCUCUUACGUCGUCACGGCAUCGCUCUAAUUUACACAAGUCUGUACAGUUGAACUCUCUCAGAUGAUUUAAACAUCGUACAUGGAAUGUUCUGUUACUUCGCUAUUAUUGUUGUGAAAGCUUAUCCAAAAAUAUUUCAAUUUAGGCCUCCUAGCCCUCUACAACAUUUGUGAACAGGUGAAUGAGUAGAUGCUCUAAUUUUUUUUCUUCUAACAUUCCUAUUGUGCCUAAACUGCUAUUUUGCUUUCUUUACUCCAGAUAUUAAAUAACCUAACUAAGCAAAA